AAAAUUUUGCAAAAUAUAAAUAGUUAUUGAAAAUAAAUUUUAAUAAAAAGUUUUUUACCCCUAUACGAGGUAAAGCCUAAAGCUGAACAAGAUUGAAAUUAAUGUAUCACAAUAAAUCAAGAUAUAUUUAUAAGAGUAGUUUGAUUAAAACAAUUUUAAUUUGAUGCUAAAAGUAGAAACAUCGAAAACCUCUAUCAUUCAUUUAUUUUGUGCUAGGGAAAUACAUGUCGAAAAGGAGAAGUAUAUUACACGGUUUUCGUUUAACAAAACGAAGUACUGGUAGUGAAAUGGAGGGUCCAAUAACAUCUGAUAUUUGUAUAAUAAGUGGUAAUUCACAUCCUGAAUUAGCAUCAUUAAUAUGUAGUCGACUUGGAGUUAAAAACAGUGGGUGUGCUGUUUAUCAUAAAACGAAUCGUGAAUCUAUGGUAGAAAUUGGUGAUUCGGUUCGUGGAAAAGAUAUUUACAUUAUACAAACUGGUACUAAAGAUGUGAACAACAAUAUUAUGGAACUGCUAAUUUUAGCAUAUGCAUGCAAAACAUCUUCAGCUAAGUCAAUUGUUGCUGUGAUUCCGUAUUUACCAUAUAGCAAACAAUGUAAAAUGCGAAAACGUGGAUGUAUUGUUAGUAAACUGUUAGCUAAAAUGAUGUGUAAAUCUGGAUUAACCCAUAUUAUUACUAUGGAUUUGCAUCAAAAAGAAAUACAAGGAUUUUUUGAUUGUCCUGUUGAUAAUCUACGUGCAUCCCCAUUUUUACUUCAAUACAUUCAAGAAAGUAUUCCGGAUUAUCGAAAUGCUGUCAUUGUAGCUCGUAAUCCUGGCUCAGCAAAAAAAGCUACAUCAUAUGCUGAACGUUUACGUUUAGGUAUUGCAGUCAUUCAUGGAGAACAAAAAGAAUCUGAAUCAGAUGAGGUUGAUGGUCGGUACAGUCCACCACCUUCUACGUCAUUGGACUUAGCUACUAGAACUAUGGAAGUGGGUGGUGGAGUGCCUGCACACCCAGCUAAAGAAAAACCUCCAAUUAGUGUUGUUGGUGAUGUUGGAGGACGUAUUGCUAUUAUGGUGGAUGACUUAAUUGAUGAUGUACAAUCAUUUGUGGCCGCUGCAGAAGUAUUAAAAGAACGUGGUGCUUAUAAAAUAUACGUAUUAGCUACUCAUGGAUUAUUGUCAUCGGAUGCACCGCGCUUGAUUGAAGAUUCAGAAAUUGAUGAGGUGGUUGUAACAAAUACUGUUCCUCAUGAAUUGCAGAAAAUGCAGUGCCAUAAGAUUAAAACUGUUGAUAUUUCAGUUUUAUUAUCUGAAGCUAUUCGCCGAAUUCAUAAUAAAGAAUCAAUGUCCUACUUGUUUAAGAAUGUCACGUUAGAGGAUUAAUUUCUUUUCAAAAACCAAAAGAAUACAAUAAUAUUAAUACUUGGUAAUUCUAAUUAAAUACUUUUUUUUAAAAUUUAUUAUUAUUGUUUUUCGGUAUUAUUGAAUUCUGUAAAAGGCAUGACUAAACUAAAAUAAGCUUUCAAUUUUAUGUUUAAAAAAA